AUGCUCGACUGUCCCAUCUGCCAGAAGCCGGUCAAAGACGACAAGAUCAACGAGCACCUCGACAGCGACUGCCGCGACCACCUCGCCGACAAUGAGCCGGUGAAGACGCAGACACACAGCUUCUUCACGGCGACCCAACGCCAACGCCCGCCCUCUCCCUCGCCGCCGCUACCACCGCUGCCACCGCUGCCACCGCUGCCACCCAAGACGCCCAAGACACCACCCAAGCGCUCCCACGAUGAGGCCACCGAGGGCGCCACCGAGGGCGCCACAGAGGGCGAUGCACCCUCGCCCCCCGCAGCCAAGCGCCAACGCCGGCUGCGGGCAGUGGAAGACGCCAUGCCCCUGGCAGAGCGUAUGAGGCCGACCUCCCUCGACGACGUGUGCGGCCAAGAUCUGGUUGGGCCCGGGGGCGUCUUGCGUGGCAUGAUCGAGCAGGGCCGGCUGCCCUCGAUGGUGCUCUGGGGACGUCCGGGCACAGGCAAGACGACAAUCAGUCGCCUGAUUGCCAACACCUCGGGCGCCCGCUUUGUCGAAAUCAACAGCACGAGCACAAAGCUGGAAGAAGUCCGCAAGAUCUUUGGCGACGCUGCACGUCACCUCCAGCUCUCCGGCCGCAAGACCAUUGUCUUCUGUGACGAGUUGCACCGCUUCUCCAAAACUCAGCAGGACGCCUUCUUGGGCCCCGUCGAGUCGGGCACCAUCACCCUCAUCGCCGCCACGACCGAGAACCCCAGCUUCAAGGUCAUCUCCGCCCUGCUCAGCCGUUGCCGUACCUUCACUCUCGACGACCUGCGCGAGCCCGACCUGGUGCGCAUUCUCCAGCGCGCGCUCGCUGCCACCUCCGUCGCCUCGCCGCUCCUCGACGACGACAUGCUGAUGUACUUUGCCCGCUUCUCCGACGGCGACGCGCGCACUGCGCUGAACCUCCUCGAUCUCGCCAUCAACUUGUCCAGGAAUCCGGACACGACAAAAGAGAAGAUGCAGCAAAGCCUGACCAAAACGCUGGUAUACGACAGAGCAGGCGACCAGCACUACGACACCAUCUCCGCCCUGCACAAGUCUAUCCGCGGCUCCGACGCCGACGCCGCCCUCUACUAUCUCGCGCGCAUGCUGCAGUCUGGUGAAGACCCGCGCUACAUUGCCCGCCGCCUGGUCGUCGUGGCCUCCGAGGACGUGGGACUGGCCGACAACGCCAUGCUCAGCCUAGCAACAGCAACCUACGACGCCUGUGAGAAGCUUGGUAUGCCCGAGUGCCGCAUCAACCUCGCCCACUGCGUCACCGCCCUGUCUCUGGCACGCAAGAGCACGAGAGCCUACCGCGGGCUGAACGCCGCCAUGCAGGUCCUCGACGAGCCCGGCAUGGCGGCCCUCCCCAUCCCACACCACAUCCGCAACGCCCCGACGCGCCUGAUGAAGGACAUGGGCUACGGCCAUGGCUACAAGUACAACCCAGAGUACCUCGACGGGCGGGUCAAGCAGGAGUACCUCCCCGCCGCGCUCCGAGGCCGCUCGUUUCUGGACGCCAGCGACUUGGGAGACAAGCGAGAUCCCGAUCUAGACGCUGAGCUGACAGCAGACGAAGACGAAGAGCUCGACGACGAGCUGCGGCCCGAGGUCGAUGAUAGAGUGCCCACCUCGCCUGUGCUGGAGUAG